CGGCGAUCGUGUUUUGUAGUGCAUGUUGUGUUUGUGGAACUGUGUUUCGCCGUUUUUACUCGUUCAAAUGGAACCGAUUUUCGAAUGCAGAACACCUCCAGCGUCCCCAGAGCUAAGCCGUCUUGUAACAAAGCGCCGUUGCCCAUUUGGAGAGUCCCCACAGCCGCAGAAGCUCCCAGCAACUGAAAGUGUCAUGGCGCGCAAUGAUGGAAUUUACGCAGUUGAUCACAGUUCUAGUGGUUGUGCAUUUCAAAUGCUUAUGAACAGUCAAAGAAGCCAAACAGAUGUUGCCCAAUCUCCUGCUUUACCAACAACAACUAUCACUUUAUCUCUAUGCUGGGUUUGUCAUCAACAAAAGGAAUCUAUGCCAUGUGCAUUUUGUGAGCACAAUGUGUGUGAGAUGUGCGUGCGACAGUGUGACAAGUGCUUUGGAGUGUUCUGUGCGUUCUGUUCAACAAUCAACUAUGACAAUCAUGAAGAUCGUCCGUUAUGUCUAACUUGUCACCAUGAAGAGUUGCGACAACAAAGAAACAGAGCAGUUCAAACAGGUCCCAUGCAGCAGCAGUCAAUGACGUGGAAUGGACAAAGGGGACUUGAGGGGUACAGGCCACUUACAACCUAGGGGCAAAUGAACGUGAGUGAAUCUAGGAAAACACCAUCCUGUUCCCACUUACCUUUUGGGUUAAACCAUCAGAAAUGUACAUUUGAACAGAGAGACACAAAUGGUUGAUUUUGGUUGUCAUCAAAGAGGAUUGCAAUAAACUCUCUCAAAGACUGA